AUGGGGAUUCUAGUGGAGCAAAAAUCUCAGGUCUUGCAUCAAUUGGAUAUUUCUAUUAAAGAAUUACAGUCUCGCUUAGAACCUUUUAAAAAUAUGGAUGAGCUAAAUGAGAUUAUAGAUAUAAUGAUUAAGAAAAUUAAAAGUAUAGAAAAUACGGUUAUAGAAAAUAAAAAGAGGAAACUUCAACGGGAUCAGGAAGAUUAUAAAAAUGGACAGAUUAGACCCCCCCGAAAGAAUAAUAAUCAAAGAAGUAGAAAUGAGAAAUUCUUCUCUCCAAGACAAAAUAAGAGGUAUAAUUCUUUUGAUAAAAAAGAGCAUUUUUAUCCUGGUCCGUUUAAGAGACCAGAUCGGGGUGGAAAACCAUGGCCUAAACAAGAGGUCAGAAAUCCAACUAGACAAUAUCAAAAAGAACAGGAAGACUGGAUUGAAGUUAAAUCUAGGAGAUCAAGACAAUAUAGUAGAAAAGAUGAAAAUGAUAAAUCAUUCACUAGAUGGACUCCAAAAACUAAUGAUGCAAUUGUAACCUCUAAUAGAUUUGAACAUCUUAAAAAUCAUCAAGAACAAGAUGUUUUUUUAGGCGAAAGACCUUUAGAGGCAAGGGAGAAGAGAAAAACUUAUACUCCUCUCAAGAGAUUACGAGAACGAGAAGAGGAAGAAAUAGAAAUCAGGGAGAAAGAAAAAAAGAGGAGGAACGAAAACUUUUGGAGAAAAUAA